CCACCCCUCCAACAUCUUGUUCUACUUUGUAAACAUUUUCUCUUUUAAACCCAGGCUCCAUCCGGUGGCCCCCAGACCUCCGAGGUGCGAGGAGGUGUUGUGUUUUUUCACUAGGGGCUUUGCGUAUUUGGUUUUGGGCUUUUUUAUUUUUUGAGAGACCCUACAGACGUCUCACGCGGGGUGAAGUCUACUCGGCCCCCUCCCUCUAGUCUUCGCGUGCACAGAAUUCGAGGAGAUCCGGUUACUAAGGAUAUAGAAGAAAAAAAAUAAAUCGUGUGCCUGCUUUUUUUUUUUUUUAAUUGCCUGCUUCUCCCCACCCCCAAAUUAAGUUGCUUAGCAAGGGGGAAAGAGGCUUUUUCCUCCCUUCAGUAGCUCAGCCUAACGCCUUUCGUUUUUUGCCCCCAAGGAUCUUUCAUGUAGGAAGCCGAGGCUGGCGAGCCCGACACUCGGGAGCCACUGUAGGGGGGCCUCUUUUGGGGAAGGCGUCCACCGGGGCAGUCUCGGCCGCCCCCAGGGAAGCGGCGGCCGCGUUCCUCCGGGGCGCGCCGGGGCCCGUGAGCCGCGCAGGGCGCGGGCCGCGCCGGGUGGGGCAGCCGAAGCGCAGGCCCCCGAUCCCCGGCGGGCGCCCCUGGGCCCCCGCGCGCGCCCCGGCCUCCGGGAGACUGGCGCAUGCCACGGAGCGCCCCUCGGGCCGCCGCCGCUCCUGCCCGGGCCCCUGCUGUUGCUGCUGUCGCCUGCGCCUGCUGCCCCAACUCGGCGCCCGACUUCUUCAUGGUGUGCGGAGGUCAUGUUCGCUCCUUAGCCGGCAAACGACUUUUCUCCUCGCCUCCUCGCCCCGCAUGUUCAGGACCAAACGAUCUACGCUCGUCCGGCGUCUCUGGAGGAGCCGUGCGCCCGGCGGCGAGGACGAGGAGGAGGGCGUGGGGGGUGGCGGCGGCGGAGGAGGAGGAGGAGGCGAACUGCGGGGAGAAGGGGCGACGGACGGCCGGGCUUAUGGGGCUGGUGGCGGCGGCGCGGGCAGGGCUGGCUGCUGCCUGGGCAAGGCGGUCCGAGGUGCCAAAGGUCACCACCAUCCCCAUCCCCCAGCCUCGGGUGCAGGGGCGGCCGGGGGCGCCGAGGCGGAUCUGAAGGCGCUCACGCACUCGGUGCUCAAGAAACUCAAGGAGCGGCAGUUGGAGCUGCUGCUCCAGGCCGUGGAGUCCCGCGGCGGUACGCGCACCGCAUGCCUCCUGCUGCCCGGCCGCCUGGACUGCAGGCUGGGCCCGGGGGCGUCCGCCAGCGCGCAGCCCGCGCAGCCGCCCUCGACCUACUCGCUCCCCCUCCUGCUGUGCAAAGUGUUCAGGUGGCCGGAUCUCAGGCAUUCCUCGGAAGUCAAGAGGCUGUGUUGCUGUGAAUCUUACGGGAAGAUCAACCCUGAGCUUGUGUGCUGCAACCCCCAUCACCUUAGUCGACUCUGCGAACUAGAGUCCCCCCCUCCUCCUUACUCCAGAUACCCAAUGGAUUUUCUCAAACCAACUGCCUGUCCAGAUGCUGUGCCUUCCUCCGUGGAAACCGGGGGAACGAAUUAUCUGGCCCCUGGGGGGCUUUCAGAUUCCCAACUUCUUCUGGAACCUGGGGAUCGGUCACACUGGUGCGUGGUGGCAUACUGGGAGGAGAAGACUCGAGUCGGGAGGCUCUACUGUGUCCAAGAGCCCUCCCUGGAUAUCUUCUAUGAUCUACCUCAGGGGAAUGGCUUUUGCCUCGGACAGCUCAAUUCGGACAACAAGAGUCAGCUGGUACAGAAAGUGCGGAGCAAGAUCGGCUGUGGGAUCCAGCUGACGCGGGAAGUGGAUGGCGUGUGGGUGUACAACCGCAGCAGUUACCCCAUCUUCAUCAAGUCCGCCACACUGGACAACCCGGACUCCAGGACGCUGUUGGUGCACAAAGUGUUCCCUGGUUUCUCCAUCAAGGCUUUCGACUACGAGAAGGCUUACAGCCUGCAGCGGCCCAACGACCAUGAGUUCAUGCAGCAGCCGUGGACGGGCUUCACCGUGCAGAUCAGCUUCGUGAAGGGCUGGGGCCAGUGCUACACCCGCCAGUUCAUCAGCAGCUGCCCGUGCUGGCUGGAGGUCAUCUUCAACAGCCGGUAGUCGUGGGGAGAAGAGGACAGGACAGAGCGUGAGCCGAGCAGGCCACCGUUCAAACUACUUGCUGCUAACCUUUCCCUUCCGAGUGCUUGCUUUUCACGCAAACUCUUUGGUCGGUUUUGUUACCAUUGUUGAUUGUUUUGUGUUGGGUUUUUUUUCCCCCUUUCUCGUUCUUAUGUGUGUUUUGUUUGUCUUGUUCUUGGAGAAAUAGCUUAUGAUGAAUUCUUGUUCGUUUUGUUUUUUUGGGUUGUUUUUGUUUGUUUUUUUUUUUUGA